AAAAAAGCAAGAAAAGCACGAACAGCGUUUUCAGAUCAUCAACUUGGUUCCUUAGAAAAAACGUUUGAGCGACAGAAGUAUUUAAGUGUACAAGAUAGAAUGGAAUUGGCGGCAAAAUUAAAUUUAACAGAUACUCAAGUAAAAACAUGGUAUCAGAACAGAAGAACCAAGUGGAAGAGACAGACAGCUGUUGGUUUGGAAUUAUUAGCUGAAGCUGGAAAUUAUGCUGCUGUGCAACGAAUGUUACAGUCAAAUCCUUAUUGGUCAUCAUAUCAUCCUGGUACUUCAGCCAUGUUUUCUAAUAUGGACGCUCUUUAUUAUCGUCAUGGGGUUGGUUCACUUCCAGUUUCCCGACCAGUUAUACCGCGCAUGUUUAUUCAAGGUCUCCAGCAACAUGUAAGCCAGAUACCACCACCACACUGA